AGUGAAGGAUGCGAGUCCACGCUGUGUUGUUUGAAAAUCAUGUUUGAGGAGCUAAGAGGAUGCUGAUCGUGUGUCCAGAUGUUUGAAAUCAGCUUUAUUUGAUGGAGCGACUGGGCAGAAGCGAAGCUCACGUGUUCGGGCAGAUUUAUAGACUUCAUUAAGACACUGCCUUGCUGUGGUGAUGUUCCCGACUCCUCUGUAUGCUCCGGCCGGUCGCGGCCGCUUUUCGGAGGUGUAUGAACCGGCCGAGGACUCGUUUCUCCUGAUGGACGCUCUGGAGAAAGACGCAGAUCGGCUGAAGGACAGCAGGCCAUGUGUGUGUCUGGAGGUUGGCAGCGGCUCCGGUGUGAUCUCAGCCUUCCUCGCGUCUUUACUCGGCGCUCAGGCCUUAUAUAUCUGUACAGAUGUGAAUGCGGAUGCGGCUCAGUGUUCAAUGCAGACGUCUAUCCUCAAUAACCUGCAUGUGCAGCCUGUCGUCACUGACCUGGUCGAGUGUCUUCUGCCCAGGUUGAAUGGAAAAGUGGAUGUGCUUGUUUUCAAUCCGCCGUAUGUGGUCACGCCGUCAGAAGAGGUGGGCAGUCAUGGUGUGGAGGCGUCGUGGGCCGGUGGUCUCCACGGUCGAGAAGUGAUGAACCGCUUUUUCCCCAUGAUUCCUGAUCUGAUGUCUGAGCAUGGGCUGUUUUACCUGGUCACCGUGUCUGAUAAUGAUCCCGAGGGGAUUGUGGAUCUGCUGGCUCGCUCUGGUCUGGAUGGACACGUGUGUUUGACUCGUCAGGCCGGACGAGAGACGCUCACCAUCCUCAGAUUCAGUAAAACAGCGGAAAAAACACAGAUUCAUUAAAAACGAAGACUUUUCUGUCUCUUAAGUCUGCAGAUUAUGAAAACACAUGAUUCCUGGACACUCCUCAGACUGUGAUAAACAUCGUCUUCUGUGUGUUUUCUCAUGAACACUCUUGACUGUGUUUUUGAGCCAUCUAUUGACUCACUGAACUCAGUUACCCAGAAUCCCACUCUCAUCCCUCAAACGAGCUGUUUUUGAAAGGGCAGUACUGCAAUGUCGACUUUCAUCAUUUCAGACUCCUUUUUUCCCCCAAGAAUUCUACAGAAUAUCUUGUUUGUUUGUUUUUUUUUACAACAAGAAAUAAAAUCAUCAAAGUUUA